UUGUGAUUUGCGUGUUUCCCCCCUGUUUCUUAAGGUCACUGGUCUUUGAAUCCGGUGUCUACACAGGAAUUUUUCACGAUGGGCUCCUCUUCUCCCGCCCUGUCGACCCUUGCUGGUCCGACCUAUGUUACCGCUCAGACUCUCAUCCAACAGGUCGCUUAUGUGCUGAGUGACAAGAUCUUUUCCUAUUCCCCAGAAUCCUUCGACCUAGACGCUGCUCUCCGUGACUGGGCCUCGAAGAAGGAGACAAAUGCCAAUGGCGAAUCGCCUAGCGUCCAGACUAUGGAAACCCGCCAGGGCGCUGGAAACAUCGCUCUUGGAUACCUCUUCUCUCAGGAUUUUGACCUGAAGAAGCGUCACGUUCCUCAGGGUAUCGUCGCUUCCUCCGCAACCCUGCCGUACAUGCGCGCAGCCCUGGAGCAGCUCUCCCUUCUCUACUCUGUUGCGAGCCCCGUUGCCGCACACGUCGCCGCUGUUGACUAUGCUGGCGAAGACGGACUGGUCUCCGAUUAUGUCUCCGCGCUCGCUCUCGCCGAAGAGCUGGGUUUGGGCCUUGUAUCGAGUGCCUCUGCUCACGAAUCCCAGCAUAUGGCUCUCCUCACAACCCUGCUUGCCACUAUCCUACCCUCGAUCCAUAUCUAUGACGGAGUCCGCGUUGGACGCGACAAUACCCGCGUUAUCGAUGUUCUUGACCAGGCAGGUCUUAACCGUGCAUAUGAGUCUGUGCGCAAGACGUUGGAUGGCGAACGCAGCCGCCACCUCGACACCCAGGGCAAGCUGCUUGAGCUGAUUCAGUCCUUGAACGGCGAACUUGGCACUGACUAUCGCGCCUUCGAAUACAGUGGCCAUGCUGAGCCUGCUUCUGUUUUGGUUGCCUUUGGCACCGUCGAGGCCUCUCUCACUGCCCAGGUUGCUCGCUCCCUAGCUAAGGAUGGUAUUCGCGUUGGUGUUAUCAAUGUUCGUGUUUACCGUCCCUUUGUCGAGGAAGAAUUCCUCAAGGUCCUACCGAAGUCUGUCAAGACCGUCGGCGUGCUUGGCCAGGUUGCAAGUGAGCAGGCUGUGCAGGAGCAGGGUGUUCGCUCCACCCUCUACGAGGAUGUCCUCGCUGCUCUGGCAUUUGCUACUGAUCGUGAGCAGACACCAUCUUGCGUGGACAUCAAAUAUGCUCGGUCUCAGCGCUGGGAUCUGAUCAGCAUUGCCGCUUCAUUCCAGCUCAUCUGUGACAAGCCAAUUGUUCAGGCUGAUAGUGCCUCUGAGCCUCUCCAGCUGUUGGACCCCUCUAUUGUGCAGGAGUACACCUUUUGGGAUGUCGACACCUCUGUCUGCAGUGAUGCCGCCACUCUCCUCUCCCAAGCUCUGGCAGCUGAUUCCGCCGGUAACGUCACCACUAGCACUGCCUACGAUAAUAUUAUUCAGGGUGGUGUGGUUCGCGUUGAUGUUCGCAAGAGCUCCAAGAUCCUGGACGCUCCUUAUUCAAUUACCGCCGCCGAUACCGCAUAUGUUGGUGACGUCAAAUUAUUGAGCGAGGUUGAUAUCACUGCUUCCGUCAAGAACGGCGGCAAGCUGAUUUUGAACGUUCCCGGAGUGAAGGAUGAUGAACUGGAAAAGAAACUGCCUGCUGCUUUCAAACAGGCAGUCGCCGAGCGUGGCAUCUCUCUUUACCUCGUCGAUCCUGCCGCUACUGGAGACUCUUCUCUUGACUCCCUUGUCCUGCAGGUUGCCUUCCUCCGCGUGGCUCUUCCUUCUCUAGAAGCAGUGGGUAUUAAGAAGCUUGCCUCGAUCUCCGGAAACGCAGAGUCCCUCGAGACCGUCAGCAAAGACCUGAACACCCUUCUCCGCCAGGCGGAAAUCCCAGAGUCCUGGAGGAUCCCUGAAGAGGGUGCCCAGGCUCCCCAGCUCCUGAAGGACUUGUCCCCCAACAGCUUCGUGUCAUUCAACAAGGAAGAAGCUGAGCCUGCCACCAAUCUGAAGGACUGGCAGACUGCUGCAAAGGGCCUAGUUUUCAAGGAAGCCUACGGUGCUAAGACUGCCCUCCGCCCCGACCUUGCCACCAAGAGCUUCACUGUUCACGUCAAGGAAAACAGACGCCUUACCCCCAUCACCUAUGACCGUAACAUCUUCCACAUUGAGUUCGACUUGGGUGACUCUGGUCUUAAGUACGAUAUCGGCGAGGCCCUGGGCGUUCACUGCGAGAACGAUCCUAAGGGUGUUGCCGAAUUUAUCGAAUUCUACGGCUUGAACGCUGACGACGUCGUUGAAGUGGCUAGCCGUGAGGAUGCUGCAGUUCUCGAGAACCGCACUGUGUAUCAGGCCCUGGUCCAAAACGUUGAUAUUUUCGGUCGCCCUCCCAAGCGCUUCUACGAAGCUCUUGCCGAAUUCGCCACCGACGAGAAGGAGAAGAAAGAUCUGCUCACCCUUGGCGGUCCCGAGGGUGCUGAGGAAUUCAAGCGCCGUGGUGAGGUCGAAACUGUCACCUUUGCUGAUAUCCUGGUCGAAUACCCCUCUGCUCACCCCGACUUCCAUGACCUGAUCCGCAUCGUGGGCCCCCUGAAGCGUCGCGAGUACUCGAUCGCCUCUUGCCAGAAGGUCACCCCCACCACUGUGGCCCUGAUGAUUGUCGUCGUCAACUGGGUCGAUCCUCGCGGCCGCAGUCGUCUGGGUCUGGCAACUCGCUACCUCAGCGGCCUGCAGCCCGGCAGCCCCGUUACCGUGAGCGUCAAAUCCAGUGUGAUGAAGCUGCCCCCCAAGUCCACCCAGCCCAUCAUCAUGGCCGGUCUGGGAACCGGUCUUGCUCCCUUCCGUGCCUUCGUCCAGCACCGUGCUCUGGAGAAGGCCCAGGGCAAGGAAAUCGGCGCCGUCUUGCUUUACAUGGGAUCCCGUCACCAACGCGAGGAAUACUGCUACGGUGAGGAGUGGGAGGCUUACCAGGAAGCUGGCGUCAUCACUCUCCUGGGUCGUGCCUUCUCCCGCGACCAGCCCCAGAAGAUCUACAUCCAGGACCGCAUGCGCGAGACCAUCCCUGAGAUCGUCCAGGCUUACAUCCGUGAGGAGGGAGCCUUCUAUCUCUGCGGUCCCACCUGGCCUGUUCCCGACGUUACUGCUGUUCUUGAAGAGGCUAUUGCCAUUGAGGCCAAGAACCAGGGCAAGAAAGUGGAGACCCGCAAGGAGAUUGAGAAGCUGAAGGAUGAGGAGAGAUACGUCCUUGAAGUGUACUAAAUAAACUUGCGAAUUGAUGGUUUUGAGUGAGUGGUUCAUUUUUUUCGGAUACUCCACUCAUUUUCAUUUUUUUUUUUCAUUAUUAUUCCCCUCACCCUUUGGUGCAUAAAAAAAUGAUGAUUUGUCUACCUACCCCCCACGUUGGUUGAGCGCGUUUUGAUAUCAUGACUUACACUUACCUACUACCUGCUUGUUGUUGAUAGACAUACUGCUCUUGAGUCGUUUUGGUUUACCAUUAGAUCAGCCUGUCUUUUACUAGAUACAUGUGCCCAGAGGGUAUGAAAUGAUUUUUUUUUUUUUUUUACGAUUCAAUUGUAUGGGUAUCCACUAUAGUUAUACAUACUCCAUAGGCCUCGCCUGUAAC